AUGGUGAUAAUCAAGGAGCUGGAGGAAAUAGAGUUCAUUACGAACAACGAAGAACUGGAGGAGUACAUGAUGAAAAACGAGGAGCUGGAUGAGAUUGAUUUCAUCACAAACAACGAAGAAAUGGAGGAGUACCUGAUGAACAACGAAGAGCUGGAGGAGAUGGAGUUCAGUAUGAACAACGAAGAGAUGGAGGAGAUGGAUUUAAACCCUUGUUUUCCAGAAACAAUCACACAUGUAGGAGAAUCAGAUGUUCCAACCAGAAAUAAAAAGAAUCUCACAAAUGAACAACGUCUAGAUAUUUUCCAUUUCUUAUUGAAGGAAAGUAAGAAGGGACGACCGCAAAAACGCUCAGUCCCAAUGGCAGCGCAACUAUUUUCAACAUCAGAAUCUACAGUAAAACGUAUAUGGAAACGAGGAAAAGAUUGUGAAGCAAAGAAAUUACCUUUUGACGUGUCUUCACGACAACCAACCAGAGUUCGUCCUACACCCAAGAAGGUUGAUUUCAGCAAGAUAAUGGAAAUACCAUUGCGAAGACGCACCACCAUAAGAUCCAUUGCCGAAGCUUUGAACAUGCCCAAGUCAACUGUCCAUAGAUACGUCAAGAAAGGAGCGAUUAAAAAACACACGAACGCAAUAAAACCAUCCUUCACAGUGGACACGAAGAAAGCACGGUUAGAAUUCUGUUUGGGAAUGCUUGAGCUUAUCCCUUACAAGGAUAAUAUGAUGACCAAGCCCAUGUAUGAUGUUAUACACAUAGAUGAGAAGUGGUUUUUUAUGACAAAAGCAACAGAGAAUUACUACCUUCAUCCGGAAGAAACCGAACCAUAUCGUACAUGCCAAAGUAAAAGAUUCAUUAAAAAGGUAAUGUUUUUGGCAGCAGUAGCUCGUCCUAGAUUUGAUGAGUUCGGAAAUGAAGUUUUUAAUGGAAAGAUAGCCAUUCGGGAAAAGUGGCCAAACUACAAUGGGGAAACUAUAUACAUCCAACAAGAUAAUGCAAAACCACAUGUUAAAGUGGAUGAUGAAGAAUUUUUAAAAGAAGCGGCAAAAGAAGGUUUUGAUAUUAGAUUGAGAUUCCAACCUUCACAAAGUCCCAACAUGAACGUUUUCGAUCUUGGGUUUUUCAGGUCUAUACAAUCAUUACAGCACAAAGAGGCGCCCACUACUGUUGGCGAACUUUUAUCGGCUGUGGAUAAAGCAUUUAAUGAAUUAUCGGCACAAACUCUGAAUGACGUAUUCCUCUUGUUGCAACUAUGCAUGGUAGAGGUUCUAAAGCUUCGUGGAGGAAACAAUUAUAAAUUGCAGCAUAUAGGGAAAAAGAAACUUGCACGCAUUGGUGAACUUCCUACUCAAAUCGAAGUGGAUAAGAAUUUGGUGAAGGAUGCAACUAAUUACCUUUCAUGUUUAAGACAUUUCUGCAAGGAUGAGAGUAUUGCUGGAGAAAUACAUGGCAACAAUAUCAUUAUGUAG